AUGACGUCAAAACGUCGAGGUCAACAAGGGAUAGAAGAAAUUGAGAAAACAUUAAAUAGAUUGAAAGUGGAAAAUGAUAGUGAUGACGAUGAUGACACACGGAAGAACAGAAAGAAGGGAGGUGGUGCGAAGAAAAAACCGCAGCCACAACAAACUCAGAAAAAGCCGCAUCAUCAGGAUUCUGAUAAUGAGGAAUUACAGAUAGAAAAUGAUGAAGCCAAUUCCUCUAAAAGAGAACAGAAACCAACAACAAAGAAAAAAGUGACAAAACAAGAAGAGAGCGGUGAAGAAGAUGAUGGGAGUUCAAAAAACAAGAAACAACAAAAGUCGAAGAAAAAAGACAAAGGCGACGAAGACGAACUUGACAAUGACGGGGACAAAAAGAAAAAAUCUAAAAAGGGUAAAAAUGCUGAUAUUUCUGACGAAGAAGAUAAUCAAAAAUCAUCUGCAAAUAAAAAUAAACAAGCGAAGAAGCCAAAACAACAGAAAAAACAACAACAAGAUCAAGAUGACGCCUCUGUAGCAAGUGAGGACGAGGAACAGGAUAAAAAACAAGAUCGAAAAAAACCCAAAAAGAAGAAAAACCAACAACAACAUGAGAGUGACGAAGAAGAGGAGAUUGAAGAAGUGGCUGUACAGAACGAGGAACAGGAAAAAAAACAAGAUCGAAAAAAACCCAAAAAAAAGAAAAACCAACAACAACAUGAGAGUGAUGAAGAAGAAGAGAUUGAACAAAUAGCUGCACCUAAAGAAGUUGCACAAGCUACCGUUAAUUUUGAUGAAUCAGAUGAAGAAGACAAGAAAAAGAAGAAGAAAUCCGGUGGUGGAAAACAACAACAGAAGAAGAAAUCACAAAAGUUACCAUCAAAAGAACAAACUAAAAUACAAGACAAUGAUGAGGAAGAAGAUGAAGAUGAAGAAGAAGCACCAAAGACAAUUCCGGCUGAAGCAGCACAAGUUAAUUUUGAUGACGAAUCAGACGAAGAUAAGAAGAAAAAGAAGAAGAUUAAUAAACAACAUCAGCCAUCACAAAAAGUCCCAGAGAAACAACAGCCGAAAGAUGAAGAAAUUAAAAAAGAUAAUAAAUCAAUUCCAGCUACAACACAAGUGACUACACAAAUUAAUCUUGACGAAUCAGAUGAAGAAGACAACAAGAAAAAGAAAACAUCUGGUGGUGGUAAACAGCAACAGAAAAAAGAAAAGUCAGCUGCAAAACAAACAAUAAAACAAGAGAGUGAGAAUGAGCAAAAUGACGACGUUGAAACAGUACUCGCUACACCACAAGCCGCGACAGAAGCUCCAGUUCAUUUUGACAAGUCUGAUGAUGAAACUGAUAAACAACAAAUGGAAAAAGAACAGGUUCUAAGUGAAAUUACAAAAACUAAAAACACCGUAGAAAUUCAUGAACAAUCAUUGCCAGUAGUUGAACCAAAAUCCGAAAUGGAAGAAAUAACUGCACAACCAUCAACAACAGUUGCGGAUGAUGAACAAAUGGAUACAGCUGCUUCAGCAACCACAACGAAAAAAUUAAGUCGGAAAGAAUUAAAACAACAAUUGAAAAAACAAGAGUUUGAUAAGUUAACAUCACUGAGUAAUGACACAGAACAAUUUACACUUUCUCAAGCUGAACAAGGCUCGCGUUCGGCACAAUUAAAGGAAACUGCUCUCGAUAUUAAAGUAGAUAAUUUCAGUAUAUCAGCGAGAGGAAACGAUUUAUUUCAAAAUGCUAGUUUAAAUAUUACACAUGGACGAAGAUAUGGACUUGUCGGGCCCAAUGGAAUGGGUAAAACAACGUUGUUGAAACAUAUUGCGAGUUAUGAAUUAGCUAUUCCUCCCAAUAUUGACGUGUUACUAUGUGAACAGGAAGUACAAGCUGAUGAUACACGAGCAAUUGAUGUUGUGUUGAAUGCAGAUAAAAAACGACUAGAUUUACUAAAGGAGCAAAAAGAUUUAGAAUUACAACAAGAAAAAGGUGUGACAAAUGAUCCAGUGUUAACAGAAAAAUUGAUGCAUGUCUACGACGAAUUAAGAGCCAUUAAAGCCGAUUCAGCUGAACCAAGGGCAAGGCGUAUUCUUGCCGGCCUUGGUUUUUCUAAAUCAAUGAUUGAACGCCCAUCAAAAGCAUUUAGUGGUGGAUGGCGCAUGCGUAUUUCUCUAGCACGAGCUCUAUUUAUUGAACCAACAUUGCUUAUACUUGAUGAACCGACAAAUCAUUUGGAUUUAAAUGCUGUGAUUUGGCUAGAUAAUUAUUUACAAUCGUGGAAAAAGACGUUAUUAGUUGUAUCGCACGAUCAAUCAUUCUUGGAUAAUAUCUGCACAGAUAUUAUACAUUUAGAUCAAAAAAAAUUAUUUUAUUACAAAGGUAACUAUUCGCUGUUUAAAAAAAUGUUGACUCAAACACGUUUAAACCAAUUGAAAGAUUAUGAGAAACAAGAGCGAGCAAUGAAAGCACUUAAAGAUCAUGGUCAUUCAAAUAAACAAGCGGAGAAAAAGGUUAAACGUCAAGAUCAAGAGAAAAAGAACAAACAAGACAAGAGUGGAAAAGGAAGAAACACUGCCGAUUAUGAAGAUGAUGCCGAGAAUAAAAAGGAUUUAUUACAAAAACCAAAGGACUACAUUGUAAAAUUUCGAUUCCCAUCACCGCCUCCGCUGAAUCCACCUGUCUUGGGUACCCAGAAUUUGACGUUUGCUUAUCCAGGACAGAAACCUUUAUUUGAAGACCUCAAUUUUGGGCUUGAUAUGAAGUCAAGAAUUGCCAUUGUUGGUCCCAAUGGUGUUGGUAAAAGUACGUUAAUAAAACUAUUAAUGGGUGUUUUGGAACCAACCAAAGGUGAAAUUCGUCGGAAUCAUCGUUUACAUAUUGGACGUUUUGAUCAACAUGCCGGAGAGCAAUUUAAUUUAGAAAUAUCGGCUAUUGAACAUUUACAAAAAGAAUUCAAUAUGCCGUAUCAAGAUACAAGAAAAUCAUUGGGCUCUGUUGGACUACCGGGACGAGCGCAUUCAAUUAAAAUGAAAGAUUUAUCGGGCGGACAAAAAGCGAGGGUAGCUCUUUCAGAUUUGAUUGCACGUGAACCGGAUAUUUUGAUACUGGAUGAACCGACGAAUAAUCUUGAUAUAGAAUCGAUCGAUGCACUAGCUGACGCUAUCAAUUCAUUUAGUGGUGGCGUAUUGAUUGUUAGUCACGACGAGAGACUGAUACGUGAAACAGAUUGUCAAUUGUGGGUUAUUGAACAUCGCCAAGUAAAUGAGAUUGAUGGAGAUUUUGAUGAUUAUCGUAAAGAACUGUUGGAUUCGCUGGGAGAAACAAUGAUUCAUAAUCCGUCUGCGGCUGCAACAGCAUCAAAUGUUUGA